AGAGGAUCAGUCUAUGUCCCCCCAGCCUCUCAUCAUAGAUGAGUCGCAGGCUGAAGUGGGUGAGACAAAUGUUACUGUCCGAGCAGCCACUGAUGAAAAAAUAAUUGCUGCUGGCACGACUCAGGAAUGGAAAAUGACUGCGGAGAACCUUGCAGAGGAGAACUGUACCCUAAAGGACAAGGUUAAGCUGCUGGAAGAAGCCUUAGUGGCGCAAAAGGCAGCCUCUGACGAGAAAGGUACUUCCUUGGAGUUGGAGCUACAAAAAGUAACAAAUCUUCUGAGGGCAGUGGAAGGUAAGAAAUCUAAAACCAAUAAAUAUUAUUUUGUUUAAAAUUGUGUACAUGUGUAUAUAAAGAACUUAUAGAAUAACUGUCAGUUCUUAACUAUACAGUUAUUCUAUGUAUUAUAGUUAUAUAUAAUACCUAUAUAUAGUAUCCUUAUAUAAUACCUAUAAAGAGGUAUUGUAUAGAAGAACUAAACACAGG